AUGGCGACUGAAGCGCUCCCGGUGACAACACCCGCCGAUUCUCACCCAAGCCCGAAUGAUCGUGGCUCUGAGAGCGACACUUCCGUUGAUGAGAUCACCGAACAGAAGCAGAAGGUUCUCGUGACGGCACUGGGCAAGAACGACAAGGGUGGUGAUGACUCGGCUUCUCCAAAGCGCUGGAAGUCUUUCUGGACUUCAUUCCGAUACCUCACCAACUUGACUCCUAAACAGGUCGACGACUUCAUGGCUUCUUACGUCAUUUACAACGUGGACUGGUCGAACGAGAAGGAGAUGAUUGAAACUCUGGGCCCCAACUAUCAGGAAAAGGUCGGCGACUGCCUCAAGUCCUACUAUGGAGUUCUCAACCACUUGUGCGCUCUCGGUGACGUGGAAAAGAUGUACAUUCCUCCCUGGAUGAAGAAGAAGACUGGCUGCCUCGAGAACCAGAUCCUCUAUGAGAGAUCGAUUGCCAAGAACAUCGGCCUCACUGCCGGAGAUAAGGUUCUAGAUCUGGGUUGUGGCCGUGGCCGCGUUGCCGCUCACAUGGCCCAACACACUGGUGCCCAAGUCACUGGCCUUAAUAUUGAUCCCAACCAGAUCGGCCAAGCACAGAGCUUCAACAACAAGCUUGGUCUGAAGAACAACUUUGUCGUCCAAGAUUUCAACACCCUCCCUCUGCCUUUCGCCGAUGAGAGCUUUGACGCCUUCUACCAGAUCCAAGCACUUUCUCUGUGCAAGGACCUUCCCGCUCUCUUCAAAGAAGUCUUCCGAGUCGUCAAGCCCGGCUCCAAGAUAUCCCUCUUGGACUGGAUCAGUCUCCCCGCUUAUGACGCAUCUAAUCCCGAGCACGCCGAGCUUAUGCGCCGCGUCAAGCCUCUGAUUGGUGCCGUCGGUACCCCCACUCAGGAGACCCUGGAGUCCGCGCUAAAAGAAGCCGGUUUCGAAAUCGUCAUCUCUGAAAACGCCUCUAUCGACGGUCUUCAGGCCCCUCUCAUCGACACCGUUGAUCUAUACUUCCGCACUCUGCGCCAGUGCAUUUUGGGUCUAGUCAGGGUCCAUGCUCUGCCAAAACACUUCAAGACUCUCAUUAACCGCCUGUGCCUCGACGGUCAGGCCUUCGUCAAGAUGGACGUCAUGCGUCUUGCCACGACAUCUUACAGCAUCAUUGCACAGAAGCCCAAGGCAUGA